ACUGCUUCUGAGCUGUGGCAAUGGGGGAGCCCCUGCCCAUCGAACUACAGAACCCAGUUCUCCCCACAACCCCAGUACAGCAAAGAACAAUGGCUGAAACUGAGCUGGGGAGCCCUGCCAACGAUGUCGAAACCGUAGCCGCCAGAUCUGACAGCAGUGAAAAUGCACUGGACAGAUUAUUACCCUCUGUAAACCCUUCGUUGUCAUCACGAAAGCGAACAACUAGCCAGUGCAAAUCUGAACCACCACUUUUAAGAACAAGCACACGAACAAUUUACACUGCAGGGCGACCUCCUUGGUACAACGAACAUGGAACACAGUGCAAAGAAGCAUUUGUCAUUGGAUUAUGUGGUGGAAGUGCUUCAGGGAAAACUACUGUGGCCAGGAAGAUAAUAGAAGCUUUAGAUGUUCCCUGGGUUGUGCUUCUGUCUAUGGACUCCUUUUACAAGGUACUUACUGAACAGGAGCAGGAGCAAGCUGCCAAGAAUGAACACAAUUUUGACCAUCCAGAUGCUUUUGACUUUAGUCUCAUUGUGUCCACUCUGAGGAAACUAAAACAAGGAAAAAGUGUAUCAAUCCCUAUAUAUGACUUUACAUCACACAGUAGAAAGAAAGAAUGGAAAACAUUGUAUGGAGCCAGUGUGAUAAUUUUUGAAGGUAUCAUGGCAUUUGCUGAUAAAGAAGUGUUGAAGCUUUUGGACAUGAGGAUCUUUGUCGACACGGAUUCUGAUAUUCGAUUAGUACGACGCCUACGUAGAGAUAUUAAAGAGCGGGGCCGUGAUAUUGAAGGAGUCAUCAAACUGUACAACAAAUUUGUAAAGCCAUCCUUUGAACAGUACAUUGAACCAACAAUGCGUCUGGCUGACAUAGUGGUUCCAAGAGGAGGAGGAAACAUGGUUGCCAUUGAUCUAAUAGUCCAACAUGUCCACAGUCAGCUAGAGGAGAGGAAACUGCGCUGGGAUAUGGCAACUUUGGCAUCUGCCCACCAAGCCCAACCAUUGCCAAAGACCUUGAGUGUGUUGGAGAACACUACGCAGGUACGAGGGAUGCACACGUUAAUUAGAAAUAAAGACACAAGUCGAGAUGAGUUUAUAUUCUAUUCAAAGCGGUUGAUGAGACUACUGAUAGAGCAUACACUUUCAUUCUUGCCUUUUCGGACAUGUGUUGUCCAGACAUUGGAGGGAGAGAACUAUGAAGGAAGGAGGUUUGCUGGAACAAGAAUAACAGGUGUAUCAAUUCUGAGGGCAGGAGAGACAAUGGAGCCGGCUUUGCGAGCAGUCUGUAAAGAUGUGACAGUCGGUAAAAUCCUAAUCCAGACUAAUCAUGCUACAGGAGAACCAGAACUUCAUUAUCUGAGACUGCCAACAGACAUCAGUGAGGACCAUGUCAUUUUAAUGGACUGUACAGUGUCCACAGGGGCUGCAGCUUUGAUGGCAAUCAGGGUGUUGCUGGAUCAUGAUGUACAAGAGGAUAAGAUCUUUCUCAUCUGCCUGCUGAUGGCAGAGAUGGGGGUGCACUCUGUGGCAUAUGCCUUUCCACAAGUAAAAAUCAUCACCACUGCGGUAGACAAAGAUGUUGACAAUUUGUUCCACAUUAUCCCUGGCAUAGGCAAUUUUGGAGAUCGUUAUUUUGGAACUGAUGCCCCUACAGACUGAUGUGAAGAUAAUGACUGACUGAGCUUUGUGGGACAUAUUUUUAAUACUGCAAUGACAAACACUGCAAACUUUCAUGGAUCACUGGGUGAAUUAAUGAGCUUCACACAAAGUAUCAGAUGCAGUGGUUAACUUAUUCUGUUUGUGGCCUGCAUUGUUUAAAUCGCAAUGGACAAAACAUAACAUGGAUCUCAAAUUGGAGAAGAAAAUCUCAGCUUUGCACACAGAAGGGCUAACUCAUGAAAUUCACUUUGAUACCUCCUUUCUUUAAAGUAAUUCCCAUUAGCCCACUUCUUAUCAAGUACAAGAUGUUGGUGGGUCUAGACCUAUUAGGUGACAGUAUCCCUCAUAUCUUUCUUGAAGGAAGUUUUGUGCAUAUUGAGAACAACAAAAAAAUUAGAAUGCUGGACAGUUCAUACUUUUUAUUGUUAAACUUUUAGUAAUCUAAACUAUACUUAAAUGAAUGUAAGAUUGUGCCCAAAUAUUUAAGCUCUGUACAGUAUUUUAUAAUUGUUUAAAAUUUUGAUCCAGGGCCAUAACAUAGAAAAUGUCCUGAAGUUGGUUCUCCUUGUAGUUUAGUCCAAACUUUUUGUCAUGAUAUUAAUGCUGACAUGAUUUCUGCAUUACACUUGUUCAAGAGCACUUUAGAAAAUUAAUUUGUGCAAUUUGUCAUUCCAAUGAAUUUAAAUACAUUGUAAACCAUUUAGCACCUGCAAUAGUAAUUUAAAAUAGUAUCUCAGCCCUGAUUGAGGCCUUUUGUGUGACAUUUGGAUGUGACUGUGAUAUCAAUCUGAAAUCAUGCUGUUAAGGAAUAUUGCCAUAAUGAUCUGAAAAUCUAAUAUUUAAAAAUAAAACCUUUAUAUUUUGAUCUAUAUAAAUCAUAAAGAAGAAUCCUGCAUACUCUAGAA